ACAAAUCUCCACGCAUACAGAAAGUCUUGAAAACUAUUACUAACGGUCUGAAAGAGGCUUUCCCACCACGCAACUACAAUACCCAUAAUACCCAUCGCGCUUCCUUCAUUUCCGGGUCGGUAAUCUGUCAGCCUGUCUGCAGUACAAAGUGUCUGUGGCGCGCUGCGAUGCCCCUCGAGGUCAGAUGGCCGUUUCCACUAUGCCCUCCUUUGGCCUGGAGGGUCUCCAGCUCACUGGUCAUGGGCAUGGUGGGCUCCUACUCCUACUUCUGGACCAAGUACAUGAACUACAUGACGGUCCACAACCAAGAGGUUUUAUUGGACCUGAUUGACCAGAGGCCCUCCGACACGCCCCUCAUCACUCUGUCCAAUCACCAGUCGUGUAUGGAUGACCCACACAUCUGGGGAGUGCUGAAGCUCAGACAUUUGUGGAACUUCAACAAGAUGCGAUGGACUCCAGCAGCGUCUGACAUCUGUUUCACCAGAGAGCUGCAUUCACGGUUCUUCAGCCGCGGAAAGUGUGUUCCCGUCUGCAGAGGCGACGGCGUUUAUCAGAAGGGCAUGGAUUUUGUUCUGGAGAAACUGAACAGAGGAGAGUGGGUGCACAUUUUCCCAGAAGGCAAAGUCAACAUGACAGAAGAAUUUAUCCGGCUAAAAUGGGGUGUGGGCCGGCUAAUAUCGGAGUGCUCCCUGAAUCCGGUCAUCCUGCCACUGUGGCAUGUGGGUCUGAGUGAUGUUCUGCCAAACAUGAAGCCCUACAUUCCUCGCAUUGGCAAGAGGAUCACUGUGCUGGUGGGGAAGCCGUUCACCGUCAAAGACCUUGUUGAAUCCCUGCGAGCUGAAAACAGGAGCCAGUUGGAAAUGAGGAAGACGUUGACUGAUUUCAUUCAGGUGGAAUUUCGGAGCCUGAAAGCCCAGGCCGAGGCCCUCCACGGGCACAUCCAGACCAAAUCCUGAGUCCCUGCUGCACUCCUCACGGCCAGCAGGGCUGAUCGUGGUCUACCCGGGACUGAGGGUAGCACUGUCACAACUGGAAGUCCACACAGAGGACUGUUCUGAACACUUUUGUUGUCCCUUCCUUCUCUCUCCUGGAUCACCCACACGUCCUCACUGAGGCGUCAUGGAGUCACGAGAAGCUCUUGAACUUUCUCAGCUAUGUUUUCCGUGUGUCGUUUCGUCGUUGUGGGAUCAUGACCAUUUCCAUCCUCCUCCUCUACGUGUUUGCGGGUGCGUAGGAUUCAGAGGAGUCUUCUGGGACAAGUUUCCUUUAGCGUGUAAUCACCUGACACUGGCUCUACAGUGGAACUUUACAUGUCUUUGCAGGUCCUGGAGGGGGAGGAUGACAGGUAACAAUCUGCAAACUCACCACUAGAUGUCGCUAAAUCCUACUCACUGGACCUUUAAAACGAGGCGUCAUGUUUUUAUUUAACACAGAAAAUGCUGGGAUAGACUCUAAUCCACUGCCAUGAU